ACGGCGCUGUGAGAAAUUCGCCAUAUUUUCAUCAAUCAUGCAUCGAGGUGGAUUCAACAAAAACGCUAAUAGCAAUUCUAGAAAUGAAGCAGGGAAACUUUUUAUUGGAGGAUUAAGCUGGGAUACAGAUCAAGAUUCCCUGCUGAACUACUUUAGUCAAUAUGGAGAGGUCAUUGACUGUGUUGUUAUGAAGAAUCAACAGACUGGAAAGUCCCGAGGAUUUGGGUUCGUCACAUUUAAUGAUGCAGAGUGUGUUGACACAGUGUUAUCUGCAUCGCCACAUAGCAUUGAUGGCAGACAGGUUGAUGCCAAGCCUUGCAAUCCAAAAGCUGCAAACAAGGGCCCUAGAGAGGGUGGUGGUGGAAGAGGACAUGGGGGAGGAGGGGGAGGAGACAAAGACAGGAAGAUCUUCAUGGGAGGAUUACCUAAUGUUGAUGAAGACUUCCUCAGAAACUUCUUUGGAAAAUAUGGAAAGGUUUUAGAUGUCAACAUUAUGAUAGACCAGCAAAACAAGAAGUCAAGAGGCUUUGGAUUUUUAUCCUUCGAGUCGGAAGAAGCAGUAGAUCAAGUUUGUGCAGAACAUUUUAUAAACAUCAAUGGAAAACAGGUUGAAUGUAAACGUGCAGAGCCGAGAGAUGGAAGAGACAACAAGCAGGGAUUUGGACGACGGGGUCAGGAUAUGAUGGGACCCCCUCAUGGAAUGGAUGGGGGCUGGAACCAGGGAGGAAACUGGAACCAGGGCCCACCCCAGCAUGGACCACCCCCUUCAGGGCCCCCUAUGGGAAACAUGGGAUUUCCACCUCAAGGCUAUCAGCAGCAACCUCCACCUGGGCAAGGAUUUCCUCCUCAGCAAGGACCACCUCCACAGGCUCCCCCACAACAGCCCAAUUAUCAGGGAGGAUACCAGUCACCCCCUGGAUACCAGCAAGGAGGAUGGAAUGCUCAGCCCCCUAAUGCUUCACCAGGACAACAAGGUGCCUGGCCACCCCAAUCUGCUGCUCCAAUCCAGGCAGUGCCACCUCCUGCAGAUACACAGCAAUCUUAUUCUGGAUAUGGUGCUCCUCAGCCCGGUUAUAGCCAGCCCCCUACUACAGCAUACUCUCAGUGGGGAUCCACAGCAAACACACCAGUGGCACCACAGCCUGCUACUGCCCAGCCCACCACCCAGCAGCCAGCACAACCCAGUUAUAACCUGUAUGGACAGCCACCUGCCGCUGCUGCUGCUCCAGCAACACCUGGUUAUACUGCAGCCCCAGGAACACAGACUUACAGUUCACAUUACAAUGUAGCAGUAGCAGAUCCUGCCCAGCCUGCUGCCCCAACCACUGCCCAGACAGGAUACAGUAGCUAUAACCCAUAUGGAGCCCCACAGGCACCUGCUUCUUCAGUUCCUGAUCCAUACGCUGCUAAUUCACAGCCAGCCACUACACCAGGAGCACAGGUUCCCAUGGGAGUCCCAGACCCAUAUGCCCAACCUCCAGUAGCCCAACCUACCACUAACCCUGGGUAUGGUGAUCCCCCAGGUUUUGGUGUAGCUCCACAGCCAGCUCCAGCAUAUGGAGGACAGGGUGAUGGACAGGUUGGAGGAUAUGCAGCCCAACCAGGAGGGGGGUAUCAGAGAGCCUCAGUGCCCUCAACACAGGCGGCCUACCAUCCAUAUAGACGAUAAACAUCAUUUUAAACUGUGUUUUAUACAGUGUGUAGAGGUUGCCCUGGGCUAUUAAAAUCACAGUGUGGUUGAUUCCAAUUGAUGGCGUUGUCGUCAUCUCUCAAUAUUUAGCAAAAUCAAAUAAUUCAUUCUUUAGUAUCAUGAACAUUUGUGUUGUAAUAUCUUCUUGUUCAUAAAAAUUUUUAUGUUCUCAGUGCUGUUUUAAAUGUUGCCACAUACUGUAUUUUAAAUAUGACAGAAGAAAUACUUUUUUACUGAAAAUGGUCAAAUAGUUGCAUAAAUGACAUAUUUCUGCUAAAUUUAAGUCAGUCAAAAUAGGCAGCUAAUUUGUAAUAUUCAUGAAAACCGAUGUAUUCAGAAUUUUUUCUUAUUAAUUUUCUUAUUAAAUAUACAUGUAUGCUAUAACAUGAGAUUUGAAAGUUUUUUUUCUUCAUUAAAUGUGUAUAAGUGUA